GCCAUUUUCCUUUCGUGCGCUUUGCGCUUUUGACCGACCGCUUGGCGCGCUCCUGCUAUACGAAGUUCGAAGUUAAUACCUUAUAUACACGGCGGAUGAGCUGCUAUGUUGGGAUAGCAAAUAUAUCUCGGAACUAUGAAUCUUCUUGAUUACGAAGAUCCUUUGACACUGUGUGUUCACUCGUUUCAAUGCUGAAAAAGGGUAUAUUGUAUUACCAGAUUUACCAGUUUUAUAGCUGACCUGACAAGUUACGAUUGAUCAUGCAAUUACAAGUUGGUGCCCGGUAUCCCAGCUUCAAAGCUCUAGAAGCAGCCAUAGAAAGGUUUUCUCUGGAUACCAACUCAGUGUACACUGUCUACAAUAGCAGAUUGGUCGAAAAAGAGAAUCUGAAAAGACCUGCUGAUAAACAGUUGCCGCUUUGCUUGAAGUACAAACAUAUUAAAUUUGCAUGUAAACACUAUGGCAUGAGAAAGAGUAAAAGUCGGGGCCUUCGUCCUAAUCAGAGUACUUUCAAAAUUGGGUGCCCUUCGUACAUCUAUGUGGCAGCUCAUUCUGAGGAGCUUGUGGUUGAAAAGAUGGAGAUUGAACACACACACUCGUGCGAUCCAGAAUUGGUAGCCAUGUAUCCAGAAAGACGAAGUUUGUCUCAUCUUGGGAAUGAUGAUGGAGAAGAAGAGGAAACAUCUGAAAACGCAACUCUGAAAAUGGUUCGUGAAGAUGUACUUGAUUUACUCCUCCUCGGAAUAGAUCGUAGACGUAUUCGAAACUAUGUGAGAAUAUGUACUGGUCGCGUAAUGCUUACUGGUGAUUUGGCCAAUUUGGCCAAGUACAUAAGGCAAAAUCCUCGACAUCUCUCUACUGCUAGAGCUGAACAGUUGCUCGAACAUGUGAAGGUGGUUGAAAGUAAAGAAAAUGUCCCUACAUCGAGGCCACUGACUACCCGAGAAAAGUUCAAUUCAAUGAAACGUCGUGUUGCACUGCCAUCUGAGCUUGGAGGGGAUGACAUGAGAGACGAGGACGGGGAGCACUGCUACUCAGCGGGACCUUCAUCAAAACAAAAACGAAUGAGAGUGGAAAGCAACAAAAGACAGAGUGACAAUCCGCUUCACCUUGAGCACACUGAGCAUCAAGAGGAGUAUCCUGAACAGCACCAGUCUCAGGAAGAACAACAUACCACUGCAACUUGGGAUCCCAAUAGCAGUCUAGCUGAUGUAGUCAAGUCUAUUUUGGGUCCAAAUCAAGAGGGGCCUGUCAUAGUCCAUGUUAAUAAUUAUGAAGGUGUUGCAGUUGUAGAAGUAGAAGAAGGUCAGAAGUAUGUCACUGGGGACGAGGUAGAUCCUGACUCCUUGUUACUUCAGAAACAACAAAAUGAUCCUGAACCUGGGGUGAGAGCACAGAACCAAGUGAAAAGAACAGCAAGAAAAUCAUUAUCUCCUCGCAAACCUGUCAUCGUUUCAAAUAAAGCCAUUGCCAGCAAUGAAAAUAUUCCUACCAGCAAAGUGGUAAUAAAUACAAUGGAUGCACCAUCCAAGAACCCAGCAGUUCAAAUAGUGCCAGAACGCAAAACUGAAAUUAUCAUCAACAACCCUGACAAUGAUUAUGCAGAUGAAGAGGAUAACAAUUUCAACUCUCCAAAUAUGGGUGAAGAAAACGAUAGUGUUUGUGAUCAAGAUCAAGAGGAAGCCUCAGUUUUGAGAGAAGAGCGGACAAUGUACAGAGUUAAAACACAAAAACUUAAAUUGCAGAUUCGUCAUUUGAAAAAUGACUUAGAUAAGCAUGAGUUUGAAAAGGAAAAGUUGCAGCUAGAAAUCAGACUAUUAGAACUAAAUGUUGCUGCUAAAGAAAGACAGAAGAAAAUGAACUUGUAACACUUCUCUGAAUUGUUAGGAAAGAAAAAUUUAGAAUUUAUUUGCUGUUUGUGUAGAUUUCCUAAGAAAACUUCUCUUAAAAUUUUGAAUUGUGUUAUUCUUUUCUUUUAAGAUGUAAUUUCUUAUGAAUGAGUUUGGUCUAGUGAGGCAUGUUUGCGAUCUUGAACUGCAGUCCUUAUCCAUUAAUGUAUAGUUCAUUAUUUUUACCAAUGUUGACUAAGGAAUUUCUUUGUUCAAACAAUGUACAGUAAAACCCAUGGGUAGGACCGCAAAAUCCUUGAGUCAUGAUCAGAAAAUUUGACACUGUAGAGAUUGUAGCAGGAAAAGAAAAUCCACUCAUCAGAACUGGAAUUCCCUUUUGUGGGGGUUCUACUGUAUGCUAGAUUCUGCAAUGCUUGUUUGUAACUCGCAAUGGUCUGGAACAUUUAGACUCCUUUAAGUAUACCAAAAAUGAUGAUAGUCAUGGAUAGUCACUGUUGUCUUACUCUUGCUCCUUGUUCUUAGUUUCUGUUCUUGCUCAUGCUGGGAGGUAAAAAAGCAUCUGUCAAGUACAAGUCAAUUAGAAUAUUAAUCUACCGAGGCUUAAAUGUGUGCCUGAUUUGAUUUACAUGUUGUCAAAGCAUUAUUUUGUACAAAAUGUUGUAUAUUUUAAAUUCUGUUUAAUAAGUUGUUGAGAGUGUAAUGACUGGUAAAAAUUAUAUUCAGUAUGUUGUGUUUUAAAA